AGGGCGUGUCGCGGGAUGCGGAGGCGGGGAGGGGCGAGCGGGUCUCUACCCCGAGGCAAGAGGAAGGCAUUGGGCAUCCAACACCAGCUGGGAAGGAGGGUAUAUAAGAACCGGACUUCACCUGCAGCAAUCGCAGUCGCGUUUACGUCUAUCAUGAAGGCUCUGGUUCUGCUCGUGUUGGCCGGCGUGGUCGCUGGCAAGACCGGCCUGCUGUACACAUACCAGUUCCCUACCCUGAGGACUGCUAGUAUCCAGUACUCCGCUCCGGCCGUCCAGCAUGUCAUCCCGGCCACACAGUACACCGUAACUGGCUAUUCCGCCCCAGUAGCCCAGGUGUCCGCCCCAGUAGCCUCCGUGCCCGCUCCAGUAGUCCGGUAUUCCGUCCCCGUAGCCCAGUACACACAGGCUGCCGCCACCCAGUACACCAUCCCAGCUGCUGCUCAGUACACGAUCCCAGCAGCCACCCAGUACGUCGCUCAGGUGGUACCCGCACCAGCUGCCACAGUGUACCACUCUGUGUCGUCCCCCAUCGUCGUUGAGACUGACGACGAUGAUGACGCCUUUGACGAUGACGACGAUGACAACGUUGGUGGAGUCGUCUUCUAUAGCGCAGGGGACCACGACGACGAUCGCUUCGAGAUUGAUGACGAUGACCGCAAGUAAGCGAUGAGAAGAGAUGACACACGUCUCGCACCUCUCUCUUUCGCUGUCUCUCUCUGUCUAUCGAUUUAUCCUUUUCUCUCUCUUUCCCUCCCAGCUUGUGUCCUAUUCAGGGGCUAAGCUGAGGAAUCGUGACCAUCAACAUUGCCUCGUUAAAAUAUGGUGAUUUUAACGAAAUGAAAAAAUAAAUUCAUAUUCUUAUCAAUCAUUAAUUUUGAAGUCCAGUGUGCAGGGUAGGCCUCUUAAAAAUGGCUUCUAUAACCCUUUAUCUUUCUCGCACGUUUCUGCACUGACGUCUUUGAAUGCACCCUUUUCUUCACGAUAAACUAUUCCAUCAUGUGCCUUUAUUAGUGAAUUAACACUAACAAACAUAACUAUGAAAUAUUUUUUGAGGAGUAAUGCACACAUGAGACGAGAACAGAAAAGUGUGUACUUGUAAAAGAACAAUAAAUGUUUUUUUUUUUUUGCUA